AAUAGCGAUGAGAGUGAUGAGCCUGAUGUUUCAAUUCCUGACGAUUCCGAUGAUCCAGGAGAGAAUAACCCAUUAACUGAGGAAAUCUUCUCUUCUUGGGCUUUAUUUAUUUUGUUGUUUUUGUUAUCGUUUGCACUUUGGUCAUCAUAUUUUUUGCAGCAAAGAAGAAUUAAAGCAAUUCAUGAAACCGUCUUAUCAAUUUUUUAUGGAAUGGUUGUUGGUUUGAUUAUUAGAAUAUCUCCUGGUCAUUAUAUUCAAGACACUGUAACAUUCAAUUCUUCUUAUUUUUUCAAUGUCUUGUUGCCCCCAAUUAUUUUGAACAGUGGCUAUGAAUUGAACCAAAAAAACUUCUUCAACAAUAUAGUCUCAAUUCUAAUUUAUGCAAUUCCAGGAACUUUUAUAAGUGCUAUGGUUUUGGGUUCUAUAUUAUAUUUAUGGACCUCUUUAGGUCUAGAGAAAAUCAAUAUUCAAUUUGUCGACGCAUUGGCCGUUGGCGCUAGUUUGAGUGCUACUGAUCCCGUAACAAUUCUAUCCAUAUUUAAUGCCUAUAAAGUUGACCCCAAAUUAUACACCAUAAUUCUUGGUGAAUCUUUACUAAACGAUGCUAUAUCUAUUGUCAUGUUUGAAACGUGUCAAAAGUUUCAUGGAAAAGAUGUUUAUUUCUCUUCUUUAUUUGAAGGUAUUGGACUAUUUUUAAUGAUUUUUUCAAUCUCUUUAUUAAUCGGAUUAGUCGUUGGUAUAAUAGUUGCAUUGUUUUUGAAACACACUCAUAUUAGAAGAUACCCACAAAUUGAAAGUUGUUUAAUUUUGUUAUUUGCGUAUGAAUCUUAUUUUUUUUCAAAUGGUUGUCAUAUGUCUGGUAUUGUCUCCAUUUUAUUUUUCGGUAUCACUCUAAAACAUUAUGCCUACUAUAAUAUGUCUAGAAGGACUCAAAUCGCCACGAAAUACAUUUUUCAAUUAUUAGCUCAAUUAUCAGAAAAUUUCAUUUUUAUUUAUCUUGGAUUAUCCUUAUUCACUGAGGUUCAAUUGAUUUAUAAACCUUUAUUAAUAAUUGUUACAACAAUAUCUAUCUGUAUUGCUAGGUACUGUUCAAUAUUCCCCCUUUCAAAAUUUAUUAAUUUUAUAUACAAAACCAAAAAUAAUUCAGCAAAUCCUAAUUAUAACUCCAUUUCCCCUGAAAUCCCAUGGGAAUAUCAAAUGAUGGCAUUUUGGGCUGGCUUAAGAGGUGCUGUCGGUGUUGCUUUAGCCAUGGGAAUCCAAGGUGAAUUUAAGAGCACUUUACUAGCUGAUGUAUUGGUGGUGGUUGUAUUAACUGUAAUAAUCUUUGGCGGGACAACUGCUGGAAUGUUAGAAAAUCUAGGUAUAAAAACAGGUUGUAUCGAGGAAUCUGACUCAGAUGACGAAUUUGAUAUUGAAGCAAACAGUUAUAAUAUUAAUUCCCAUAUUCCCGCUAUUCAAAACUCCCAAUCUAGUAAACCAUUCAAAAGCAAUAAUAAUGGCAGUAUUACAGUUGCCGCUGAUAAUAAUAAUAACAGUGACGAUAACAGUAGCGAUAAUAAAAAUUUUAAUAGAAAAAAAGGCGAAAACAAAUCUGUUUCAAGUUUAUUAUCUUUAGAUAACAGUUCAACAUGGUUUCAAAAUUUAGAUGAACGAAUUUUGAAACCUGUUUUAUUGGAUAAUAAAGGAUCU